GGGAGCGGAUGGUGCGGGUAGCGGCUCCCAGGCGCUGGCGGGGGCAGGAGCAAGAGCUGGCUGCGAGCGCCUCCCCCCUUCCCCAUCCUUCCCGCUCCGGCUGCGUGUCCCCUCGUCGUGCUGUGCCGCCGACCGCCCUGAGCCGGCAGCGCUGUACGAUGUGAGCGGUCGUUGGUCUCGGCAGCGCCCCCGGUGCUCUCGACGCUGGGGCGGGCAGCGAUGGCCAGAGCUUGGCGUGGAAGCAGCAGCCGCCGUCGCCGAUAGGAAGCGCCGGGGGCAGCUGGGCAGGCGGCGCGGAGACUCCCCAGGGCCGUGCAGCGCUUGUCCCGCCCCGCCCCCUCCCUGCUUCCCUCCCCUCCUCCUCCUCUCCCCGCGGCCGGUGCAUGCGGGGCGCUGGGGGCCGAGCUCGGGUCCCCCGCAGCCACCGGAGCGAGUGACCCGCGGGGGUCUUGCGCAUCCCCGCUAUGUCCUCGUCCAGCUCCUCGCAAACCCCCCCGUCCCACCACCAGCCCCCGCCGCAGAGGAUGAGGCGCGGCGCCGCCGGGUCCCCCACCGCCGGCACGGCCGGGGGCCCCGGUAACGGCGCCGGGGGAGGCUCGGCGGGGACCAGCCGGCUGCUCCAGCCUAUCCGAGCGACCGUCCCGUACCAGCUCCUGCGGGGCAACCAGCACAGCCCGACCCGGUCCCCAUCCGCCUCGGUGGGCAGCAACACGGGGCCGGGGGGCGGCGGGGGUCGCGGCGGAGGCAGCCCCCCACCGCCGCCCAGCGCGACGCCGCCGCUGGCGGCGGGCGGCGGCGGAGCGGAGCCGGGCAGGGUGAAGGGCAGGCAGCGGCGGUCGCCGGAGAGCGGCGGCAGCAGGAGGAGCAGCUCACCUGAGAGACGGAGCCCCAGUUCCCCGGUGUACAGAGUGGACAGGCCAAAAUCCCAGCAAAUCAGAACUUCUGGUACCAUAAGGCGAACUUCUUCUUUGGACACAAUAACAGGACCUUACCUCACAGGACAGUGGCCACGUGAUCCCCAUGUACACUACCCUUCAUGUAUGAAAGAUAAAUCUACUCAGACACCCAGCUGUUGGGCUGAAGAGGGAGCAGAAAAGAGAUCACAUCAGCGCUCGGCAUCGUGGGGAAGUGCUGAUCAGCUGAAAGAGCAGAUUGCCAAACUGAGGCAGCAGCUGCAGCGCAGUAAGCAGAGCAGUCGUCACAGCAAAGACAAGGAACGUCACUCACCUCUCCAUGGCAACCAUAUAGCAAUCAGUCAGACUCAGGCUUGUAUUUCCAGAUCUGUCCCUAUGCCACUGUCAAGCAUUUCAGUGCCAAAAUCAACUGCUUCACGUGUGCCGUGUAAUGUAGAAGGAAUAAGCCCUGAACUGGAAAAAGUAUUCAUUAAGGAGAACAGUGGAAAAGAAGAGGUAUCCAAGCCUUUGGAUAUCCCUGACGGUCGGAGGGCGCCGUUGCCUGCUCACUACCGCAGCAGCAGCACCCGCAGCAUUGACACGCAGACCCCGUCUGUGCAGGAGCGCAGCAGCAGCUGCAGCAGUCACUCGCCGUGUGUCUCUCCCUUUUGCCCUCCUGAGUCUCAGGAUGGGAGUCCCUGUUCAACAGAAGAUUUGCUCUAUGACCGUGAUAAAGACAGUGGGAGUAGCUCACCGUUGCCCAAGUAUGCCUCAUCUCCCAAACCAAACAACAGCUACAUGUUCAAACGAGAGCCCCCAGAGGGAUGUGAGCGAGUGAAGGUCUUUGAGGAAAUGUCGUCUCGUCAGCCUGUCUCAGCCCCUCUCUUUUCAUGUCCUGACAAAAACAAGGUUAAUUUCAUCCCAACCGGAUCAGCUUUCUGUCCUGUAAAGCUUCUGGGCCCCCUCCUUCCUGCUUCAGACCUGACACUGAAGAACUCUCCAAACUCUGGUCAAAGCACAGGUUUGAGCACCCUGACUGUUGAGCAGCUUUCGUCUCGGGUCUCUUUCUCAUCUCUGUCAGAUGACACCAGCACAAUGGACUCCCCAGAGACCCCGGUUCAGCAGCCGUCCCAGCAGCAGCAGCCGCUUCUGCAGGAGAUUCAGACUGAAGAGCAUUCCUCUCCUCAGAGCUACGUGUUAAUCUAGAGCAAGGUGGAGCAGGCCUCUGCCCCAGACAAGAAGUGAGGAGACUCUAGUCCAGAUACAUCUGCAUGAGGUGGCAACCUUUCAGAACACCAUGGAAUACUUAGCAGCAUUCAAAAAAAUAUCUCAACACUGUUCUUGGCAGGGACAGAAUCCAUAUUCGGCAUUUUUUUGUGAGAAAGCAGUAAUGCCUGCAGAAUCCAUAUUACAUUAAACGUCUUAAGUGGAGACUAUGCAUUUCAUAGUACGUUUGACCAGAUUAGUACUGUGUUCUGUGUUCUGUUUCAAAUUCUACAGUAUAAAUAAGCUCUCUCUAUAUAUAAAAAAAAUGUUGCCUGUCUGAAUAGAAAAUGUCUUGCUGUGUUGUGUCCUAUGGAAAAUACUGUACUUCAGGAUUAUGUUUACAAUUGAUCCAGGUGUUUAUGUUUCUAACUUCUGUAAUACACACAAUGCAAAAAAAAAAAAAAAAUGGCCACAGCA